AUGGGAUGUAUUGCGAAAAGUNUAGGUCCUGAAUGGAAAAAAUUAGAACGAUAUUCAUUAGCGGCUGACAGUAUAAGUAUAGGAGAUAUAGUUAGUUCAAAAAUUAGAUCUACUAAUAAUUGGAGCUUACUUCCAGCACAAGUAUUUACAUUUUAUUUACCUUAUAACAACUGAAAAUAAUAAAUAUACUGAAAGUAAUUUUAAAAAGGUAUAAUAGAGUAAUUAUUUAUUAUCUAUUAUACUAAAUAUAUAUUAAAUAAUAUAUUUACUUGUUAAAAAAUAAUUGUAACUUAAUACAUAAAUUUAAAGCUAUGAUAAAAAUGGUCUUUUUUUGUUUUUUUAGGCUAUAUUUUCAAGUUAUGGUCCAGGUGAAUUUUUGAGUGGUCAUAUAAGUAAACAAAUCAAUUUUCCUGCGUGGUUAGGGAAAUUUUCCAAAGGGAAUAAAAUGAACAGACUUUUACAAGAAGUACAAAUCCAUAGUAGAAUAAGGUUAGUGUAUAAAAUUAGUAGAACUCUGAUUUCAAUGCAAAGUUCAUUUAGAGUACUUGUUAACAUUUUUUUGGUUAUUUUGUUAGUUUCAAGUGCAUAUGUAUGUACAAUACAAAUUAAUAGUUAAAAUUUUGAUAACACAAAAUAUUAUUUCAAAAAACUUUUUUUACGUGAAAUUUGUUUUAAUUGGGUUUAGGUAUUUGUCAUUAAUACAGAUUAUCAAAUGUUUUAUUAAUGAUUUUGAUUUGUCUUAUCUUUAUUAAUGAGUUCAAACAAAUAAGAAUUACAAUAGUGAAACUUUUAUUUUUAAAUUUUACUGUUUUUACAUUUUAAGGUCAUUUAUUAAGGGUGUUAUUUCGCUAUCAAUUUUUUUUUUAGGGCACUUAGAUCUUUUCAAUUGUUUUUAAGACAUUUAAAUCCGGGUUCCAAUAAUUAUUUAUUAGUUUAUAUGUGAUACCAUUGAUUAUACAAAUAUUCAUAUUUUAUAUAUUAUAAUCAAUGAUUAUACUAAGAUAAAUUUGUUAAUGUUGUAUUCAGAUUAUCUGCAAGUAAAGAAGCAAUAAAUCUCGAUUACUUAACUACUUUGCGAGAUUCAAUUCUUAAGCCUCUUAUUAAUGAAGGUAGUGACGGUGUGAAGAAAACUUUAGAUUUUAUGAAUCAUUAUCAUCUUGUGAAAGAUGAUGUAGAAUCUCUUAACGAGUUGUCUUUAUGGCCAGGAAAUAAAGAUCCUAUGUCCGACAUUCCUUCUAAAGUAAAAAGUGCUUUUACAAGAAUGUACAAUAAAAGUGCACCAACAUUUAAUGUAUCAAAAAAAAUUAAGAAAACUGUUCAGGAUGAUGUUUUGUUAGAUAAUGAUGAUAUAGAUGUUAUUAGUGAUGAAGAAGAAGAUGAUGAUAUUACUAACGAUGCCUUAAUUUCAAUGGUGAAAAAAAAAUCUGCUAAAAAAGGUGCAACUUCACCUCCUCCUGAAGCAAGUAAAGUUAAAAGUAGUAAAGGUGGUGGUGGAGGGAGAAAAAAAAAAUAAUUUCUCAUUUAUUUUUACAAAAUUAUUAAGUACAAUUUUUUUCUACUCUAUGAUUUUAUUUAAACAAAAAGAAAUCAAAUUAAUGUUACUUAAAUAUCACUACAAAUACAAUUUUAUUUUCUUGUUUAAUUCCGUAAUUAUUUUUCAGUAAUAAAUGAUUGUGUAUAAUGAUUUAUAAUGUAUAAAUCUAUGGUAUGUAUACAAUAAAAAUGUGUAUGAUUAUUAUAAAAAAAA